AUGAAUCAAGAAAACAAACCACCUUUAAACGACUUCGAUCAGGAGAGAUUAUCGUUUGUGACAUUUCGAAAAAAGUUGGAAAACAAUAAUGAUGAAGAUCAAUCAUCGAUUACACCCAAACGACCAUUGCUCUCUCGAGAUCGUGGUGCAGGUGUAUUCAUCGAAGUUUCUCCUCUAUCUGAUCGAAAUUCUCGUCCUCAACCAACAAAAAGACCAUCGUUACCAAAGUCACCUUUGGCAAUAGUUAAAAAUGUUCAAUCACCAUCAACGAUAUCUGUCGGUGAAAGUUGUAUGUUUAUUAUAAGUCCUCCUAAAUCAGAUCGAACAACAAUUAUUGAUAAUGAUGAUGAUUCAUAUGUACCAGCCUAUAUUAGUAGAAAAGCUAAACCAGCUCCAUCAUCAACUUGGAAAGCAUCUUUUCCACUUCAAAGGUCAUUGAAAGUAACUUCUGAAAACUUAACAGCUGCUUCGGUUAUUCCGCAAACUCCAGUAGUAUCAUUUCAACCAGGUAUUCGACCACGUGUUCCAUUUAAUUUAACAUCAACAAAUACGAUUGAUAAACAAGCCUAUGCUUAUACAAUAUGGUUCAAUAGUCUCUUUGCACCAGUUGACUUUAUGAGUAGUAAUACAACAUCAACAACAACGAAUCAAACCCUAUCAAAUGAAACUUCAACUAUAAAAACAUUAAAAACAUUAGCUGAAUCAAAUCGUUGGUAUAUACUGCGAGAUCGUGCUCGAGAAUUAUUUACACGUGAUGUACAAUCGAUAGCGACAAAAAUUAGUGCUGAUAUUGAUAUAGAUCAUUGCCGAAUAAAUCCUAAAGUUGAUUUAAAUUUUUCAGCAAGAACCGUUAGUCGACAAUCAUUAUUAAAUUUUAUUUCUUCAUACAAUCGUAUAUGGUUUCGUCUUGCUAUGGAGGUUCUUUUUCCAAUAAAUAUUGAAAAUUAUCAACAAAUGAAAUUAUCUAUUGAACAAUAUCUUAUACAAUCGAAUGGUAAUACAUCAUCACCAUCGAAUGAUUCUGCUGCAAAAAAAUCAAAUCAUACAAAUGCAAAGGUAGCAUCAGCACAAAUUCGUUUAACAAUGAAAAAUUUAAUUUUAAUUAUUAUAUUUCUUGAACGGGCGAAAUUAUUACGUUUAAUUGAUAAUGAUCCAUGUUUAUAUGUACGUGAAUCAAAAUUUAAAUCAACAAAAGAAUCAGUUGAUAUCUUAUCACGUGAUUUUAUUAGUUCCGAUACAAAUCUUAUGCGUCGCCUUAAAUUAGCAGGUUUUGAACCAACAUAUCGACAAACAUCAUUAGACGAAUAUAAUUAUUUAAUAACAAGUAAUGAAAAUAAAUUAUUUGAUGAUUUAAAAGAUGGCAUACGUUUAACACGUUGUGCACAAAUAUUAUUAUCAUCAACAAAUGAACAAGUUGCAAGAUUUGAUUUAUCAACGAAAUUAAAAUGUCCAGUUGUCAAUCUUGUGCAUAAGUUACUUAACAUUGAUCAAGCUUUUGAAUUACUUCAAACAUAUGGGCAUGUCAAUUUAACUGGAAUUUCUAAUAAAGACGUCAUGAAUGGGAAUAAACAACGUACACUUGAAUUACUCUGGCGUAUAUUUACCGUUUGUUAUUUACCAAAACAUUUAUCACCAGUCGUACAAUUAAAUGAAGAAAUUUCAAUUUUAACUGAAAAUCUCUCAAAAUUCAAUUGCCGUUCGAUAGAAAAACAACUCUUAACAACAGAUAUAAAUCUAUUACAAAAGCAACAAAUUGAAUACACACCGUUUAUUCAAUUGUUAAUUAAAUGGGCACAACUUAUUUGUGCACAUUAUAAAUUUUGGUUAUAUGAUUUACAAGAAUCAUUUAUUGAUGGUCGUGCGUUUCUUUAUAUAAUAUCCUAUUAUUUACCAUCGUUAUGUGAUUAUUCUCGUGAUAUAAAACACUUGACAACAUUAGCAACAUGUCAAACACGAGAUGAACAUAUUCAAUUCAAUUUAGAACUGGGACAACAACAGCAACUGAUAAAUACCUACGAACGAAAUGUUAAAUCGAACUUUCGUUUAUUAGAAGAAUGUAUUAAACAAUUUGGCACAUUUUCAAAUGAUCUGAUUAAAUAUGAAUAUUAUAGUAAAGAUGUGCCUGAUGAACGCUAUACAAUUAUCGUGUUAUCUAUGCUUGCGCAUGAUUUAAUUUUCUCCAAUAAUAUUGAUAAUGAUAUUGAUUAUCGUAAUCAAUCAAUAUUCGAAGAAUUAAAAGAUAAAUAUUCAGAAGAUGAUGAACCUAUUGUUCCAACGAAAAAAGAGCACUAUUGUAAACAACAAACAAUCGAUGAACAACAGAUGAAUAGUGUUGAGUAUAGUUUAAAUAAUUCUUCUAAUCAAACAGAAAAUAUUUCUCAAACAACAGAUACUGUUUCUGUUUAUGAUGAAAUAAUAACGACAACGAAACAUUUUGAUGAAAAAUCUCUUAAGCCGUCAAUAUCAUCAACGACAAUUAAUUUUCCGAUUGAAGAAUUAUCAAGUAAAAUUCAUUCACUACCUUUAAUUCAAUCUGAACCAAUGCUAACAAAUGAAGAAAUUCAAGAUCAAGAUGACGAUCAAGUUGAAGACCAAGAGGAAGAGGAAGAAGAUACAACAAAAGUAACAAUGCUAUCUUCAUUAUCACCAGAAAAGCAAGAUUGGUCAUUUGUUGAACCACCAGCAGUUGUUUACGAUCAAACAUUAUCCGAUUCUUUGUAUGCGUCCCUUGAAACCAUGUUUACCUAUCAAACACCACCACGAGCAACAUCAUUACAUUCGAAAUCAAUAGUUCAUACGAUGAAUAAUGAUAUUCUGGAUCACCUUGAACCAUUACUUGAAUUAAAUAAUGAAACUGAUGUUGAAUCUGAACCGGAGUCGGAACCUAAACUUGAACAUGAAGAUCACGAUUCACUCAAUACGGUACGAUCAGGUUUAUCAACCAUGAUGAAUCCAUCUUGUACAUCGGUUGCAGCACUAACAACUACACAAGCAUUUCAUGAUUUUGUUCAAUUAGAAAAAACAAUAGAAAGUGAUGACACAAAAAUUCAAUUGGAUAAUACAUCUCUAUUUCUUGUUGAUGAAACAACACCAUCUGAAGUCGACAGUGUUGAAAUGAACAAACUUGAUGAUGCUUCAUUUGCCGAUCCAGUUAAUACAAAAAUGAUUAAAGAAACAUUAACACUUUUCUUGGCACAUCAACAACAAACACUUGAAUAUGAAGAAUCACUUGCAAAUAACAAUGAAUCUCUUGGACAAACACAAAGUGAACAGCAAUCUGAAAUUAUCGUUAAAUCAGAAGCUGAACGUGAAUUACAUGCAGCACAAAUUGUCCAGGCUCAUUGGCGUGGUCAUCAAGUUCGUGCUGAAAAUCAACGUAAUAAUCAUCCAGUCGUUGAUAUUCUCGACAGAAUUCGUUCACAUGAUCCAACAAGUAGUUCAUCCGUUACACUACGCGAACGCAUGAUGCAAAUUGUGCAAGAAUAUUCUGAAGCGUCAUCAUCAUCUCUUACGGCAUAUUUACAUUUCUUGCGAGAUGUUGAGCCUAUUGUUGCUUGUUGUCUUGAAAUACGUUAUUUAAUAGCUCAACAAGGUUUAUUACGAUUAUUUUUUAUAUUAAUGAGAUGUUGUAAUCGAAGUGGACCAUCAGUUGUUCUACUUAGCAAAGUAUUGAGUAUUUUACAGUUAUUUACUGUUAAACGUGGUCUUAUUAUGCCAUUGAUUGAUAAACAAGAACAAAUAAAAGAUUUUAUUAUGCUUCUACUUAAAUACUAUCAAAACAAUCGUAGUGAAUUAUUCGAACAAAUUUGUUCUUUACUUGAAUCUAUUGUCAACGAUUCCUAUGCUCGAAAAAUCUUGCAAUCAAACAAAUUAUUUACUGAUGCCAUUGAAUAUGUUUAUAAACGUGUAUUCAAUAGAGCAUCAGCUGAAGAUGAAAAAUAUCGACAACAAAUACGGUCAACACCUAAACAAUCCACUGGACCACAAACACGUCGUGCCACUUUAUUAAAUCAAUCAUCAAUUCUGUAUCCAACUCCAAAGAUGCUGCGUCCACCGGUGGUUCAAAAUGAAAAUAUAUUUAAAAAGAAUCUUAUUUCAAUAGAAAAAUUUAUGAAAACAUUUUAUUGUGAUUGA